UUUUCAGCAUCACGAAAAGCUGUCAAACAAACUACAAGGUUGGGAGGCAACAGUUUAAACCUUACGCUUCCCCUUCCUAGUACUGUAUUGACUAAUAUCUCUCAUUUCCAAUUCUUGAGCUUUGCGAUCGAUUUGUAAUUGCCACAGUAUUGAAUACUGUGAUCACUUCAUUACACUUAAUAUAUACCAUCUGAUCCCCAUCCAUCUCAGCAACAAAAUCUUCAAAGUUACUUACAUUUCAGGAAAAUGACUUCUUCCGAACGAGUUACAGACUCCAAAAAGGGUAUGUUUAUCGUUCACUACCUCAAGAAUAUUGCCUUAUACUCAACUGAUCAUAUCUCAUCUCUUAUGUUGACAUUCACUAACAACCUCUUCUCGAUAGUCUGGACAACCCUCAUAACCAACACCGCCUACCUCUCCGGUCUCCUAACUCUUGACUACUCGCUCAAAAAACACCAUUCCAAAUAUCCUCUCGUAGCCCUCUACACCGAUGCCUUUCCCCCCGAAGGCCACGCCGCUCUUGAAGCGCGCGGGAUUCCUAAACAGCGCAUCGAAUAUCUCCUCCCCAAGAACGGUGGAAAAGAUUAUUCCAAUGAUCCCCGUUUCUAUGAUUGUUGGUCCAAACUCGCACCAUUCAGUUUAAUCGAAUAUGAACGCGUGGUACAACUUGAUAGCGAUAUGUUGGUUUUGCAAAAUAUGGAUGAGUUAAUGGAGAUGGAUCUUGAUGCGCCGGAGAUGGCGGGAAAGGGAAAUAGAGUUUUUGCAGCGGGGCAUGCUUGUGUUUGUAAUCCGUUGAAGAAAAAACAUUAUCCCGCUGAUUGGUAUGUCCUUUUUUCCUCAAUAUUAUUCCUGCUAUAAAAGAUUCGAUAUACUAAUAGAAACAUAGGAUCCCCGAAAAUUGCGCAUUCACAUCUCAACACGAUACCCCAGAUGUAGCACAAACCACUGGUCCACCACCCAAUACCUCACCUCUCGGUUUCAUGAACGGCGGUCUCCAAGUUGUGAAUCCCUCUUCAGGAGUCUACAAUGCUAUCCUCGAUCAUCUCGCCUCAGACGCAGCAAUCAAUAUGGAUUUUGCAGAUCAAUCUCUCCUCUCCGACUUAUUCAAAGAUCGUUGGGUCCCACUUCCUUAUAUUUAUAAUGCGCUUAAAACGUUAAAAUGGGAUGGUGUCCAUCCACAAAUUUGGAGAGAUGAUAAGGUGAAGAAUAUUCAUUAUAUUUUAGCGCCGAAACCAUGGGAUGAGAUGGAUAAGGAGGGUAAUUUUAUAGGGAAGGAUGGUACGCAUGCAUGGUGGGUGACACAUAACCAAGAGAGAUUAAGAGGGGAAAAGGAGAGAGGAAUUAAGGUUGAUGGUUUUUAAAUGGGUGAUUUUGUGCUUUAUAAUUGGGAGAAAGGUAGAUGGGCGCAACUGGUUAAUGGGCCAUGAUACUGCUUGGCAUGCAUUUGAAUAUCGAUAUCGAUGAACUUAGAUGGAAAUCAAAAAAGUCCUUUAUUUCGCAAAUCAUAACCUAUUCGCAUACUUGAGGACGGAAUUCCUCGGUUAUCAUUUAUAUACUGGUACUUCCCUCUUUUUCUUCAACCUUAACCUUAACCAUACAUAACCUUAACACAAUACAUAGUCCGUUGGUAGAUUGUCGAUCAGUUAGUU